AUGCCGUCGCCGAAGAGUCACGGGCGAUCAGGAGGUCCGGCGAAGAGCAGGAAGGGGCGGCCGCCAGAGAAAGCCUCGUCCUUCCACGGCAGGGGCGCCGCCACCGUGGCAGAGGAGAUGCUCCCGCGGCCGAGGACGGUGCCGGACUUGCUUUCCGGGCGGAGGUCCGCCGUGACCGCGGUGGAGGAUCCGGCGUCCGGGAAGUUCCCGGCGAGGCUGACGAAGCUGCUGCUGCACGUGACCGUGCAGAGGAGCCCGGGGGCACUGCACGUGCUGAUGCCGCCGGAGGCCACCGUGGAGCAGCUGAUUGCGGCGGUGCUGGGCGAGUACGUGAAGGAUGGGCGGCGGCCUUUCCUCCCGUCGGGCCGGGCUUCGGGCUUCGACCUCCAUUACUCGCAGUUUAGCCUUGAAAGUCUGGAUAGGGACCAGAAACUAAUGGACUUGGGCUCAAGAAACUUUUUUCUUUGUCCAUCGGCGGAGCCCACUGUGGGAAGUUAUGGGGCUGCAGAGGCUACCACGUCAGCUUCAAACUGUUCAAGAGAAGCUGACAAGCCGACUAAUAAGAAAGGCUUAAAUUGGCUCAAAUUCGUCGAUUUCCUGUUUUGA